AUGAAGCUCCAACCCCUUCUUUUCGUUGCAUUUGGUUUGACAGCUGCUGCUGCCACCAUCUCUGUUGAGCAACAUGCAGCCGCAGUUGCAAACCACAAGACAACAACCACCACAGCUAUGACCAAGAUAACCAAGGCAAAGACAACUACCACAACUACAAGCACAAGCACCAAGACCAAAACCACAACCACAACCACAACCACCAAGGUUAGCAAGCCAACAGGAGCACCCUGUGCCGGCAACAAAGCCAGCAACAGAUCCAAAUGGUGCAAGCAUGACAUCAGCACCGACUACACCGAGGUCGUGCCAGAUACAGGCGUAACCCGUGAGUACUGGCUGACACUGGACGAUCUGACCGCCGCGCCAGAUGGCUUCAGCCGUCCAGUAAUGGCCAUCAACGGGUCAAUUCCAGGCCCGACAAUCAUCGCAGAUUGGGGCGAUUGGGUCGUCGUGCAUGUCACUAAUAACUUGCACACAUCCAUGAAUGGAACCAGUAUUCACUGGCAUGGUAUUCGUCAGAACUAUACCAAUGGUCAGGACGGUGUUGUGUCUAUUACCCAGUGUCCCACUGCUCCUGGUGAUACUAUGACCUAUAAAUGGCAGGCUGUGCAGUAUGGCUCUUCUUGGUAUCAUUCUCAUAUUGGUCUUCAGGCUUGGGAGGGUGUCUUUGGUGGUAUUGUGAUCAAUGGGCCUGCUACGGCUAAUUAUGAUGUGGAUAUGGGCAAUUUGUUCUUGACGGAUUGGUCUCAUCGCACUGUUGAUGAGCUUUACUCGUAUGCUCAGGCUGUUGGUCCGCCAAUUUUGGAUACUGGCCUGCUUAACGGGACUAAUGUCUAUGGCAAUGGUUCCACUGCAACUGGUGAGCGCUUUACAAUGAGAGUUGAGAGGGGCUCUUCGUACAGACUCAGAAUUGUCAAUUCUGCUGUUGACACGCACUGGAAAUUUAUGGUUGACAAUCAUACUUUGACUGUCAUUUCGGCCGACUUUGUGCCUAUCAACCCAUUCACCACCAACUACAUCGACAUCGGAAUGGGCCAACGUUACGACGUAAUUGUAACAGCAAACCAACGCAAAGUCGCCGAAUCAUUCUGGAUGCGCGCAAUCCCCCAAGAAGCAUGCUCAGAAAAUGCCAACCCAGACAACAUCAGAGGAAUUAUGCACUACAACAAAAAAGCCAAAGAACCAACAACAAACGCCUGGAACUUCGACGACGGCUGCUUGGACGAGUCCGCCGCCAACCUAGUCCCCUAUGUGUCCAAGACCGUUUCAGCUGCAGACUGGAGCAACAUGACAGAUGUCACGGUAGGCCGUAACUCGGCGAACCUCUUCCGCUGGUACCUCAACAGCACGACGAUGCAAGUCUUUUGGGAAGACCCAACCCUGCUGCAGGUUUUCAAUAACCAGACUGACUACAGUGAGUCGAGUGGGUUGAUCACCCUGCCUGUUGCCCAUGAAUGGGUAUAUCUCAUGAUCAAUACUUCGAUUCCCGUUACGCAUCCGAUACAUUUGCAUGGGCAUGAUUUCUUUGUUUUGGCGCAGGGUUCCAAUCCGUGGGAUGGGAGUGUGAAUACUAACAAUCCCCCACGGAGAGAUACGGCUUUGCUGUUUGGUAAUGGCUAUUUGCUUAUUGGGUUUGAGACGGAUAAUCCUGGGGCUUGGUUGAUGCAUUGUCAUAAUGGGUGGCAUACUGAUGAGGGCUUUGCGUUGCAGUUCCUGGAAAGGGAGGAGGAGAUUGAACCUUUGAUUGGUUUUGAUGCCUUGCGGGAACAUUGUGCGGCGUGGAAGACUUAUGAUGCCACUUACAAUAUUGAUCAGGAGGAUUCGGGAAUUUAA